AUGAGUGUUCUCACUGCCCCUUUUUUCCUUGCUAUAUCAAUCAUCAAUCAUGGCUUCUGCAAUGGAAGCACUCACAUGGAUUGCAUUGAAAGUGAAAGGCAAGCUCUUUUAAGGUUCAAGCAGGAUCUCAUUGAUUCUUCCAACCGCCAGCCUCUUGGACUGCUGCCGAUGGAUAUUGUUGCACAUGGACUGGGGACAAUUGGUGGUAAGAUAAAUUUGGCUUUACUUGAUUUAAAGCGGUUAAUUUUCUUGGACUCGAGUGAUAAUUAUUUUGGGGUUCAGAUUCCGAAUUUUCUUGGUUCAAUGAAGAAUUUAAGAUAUCUUGAUUUGUCUGGCUCUAAAUACGUGGGAAUGGUUCCUCCUCAACUUGGAAAUCUCUCUAAUCUACAUCAUCUUAAUCUUGGUGGCAAUCCUUUAAUUGCUGAGAAUUUGAACUGGGUGUCUAGUCUUUCUUCACUCCAACAUCUUGAUUUUAGUGCCCUAGAUAUUCAAAAGCCCUCUGACACCUUUCCCAUUAUAAAUACACUUCCUUCUUUACGAGUGUUAAGAUUAUCAAGUUGUGGACUCACCCACCUUCCGGAUUCGCUACCAAACCUAAAUUUUUCAUCUCUUGUUAACCUUGAUCUUUCUGCAAACUUUUUUAACAACUCUUUGAUUCCUGGUUGGAUUUUCAGUCUUAAUGAUUUCGUUGUUUUUAAUCUACGUGCAACUAGUUUAUCAGGUCCAAUUUCAGAUGGACUUCAAAAUUUGCUUCACUAA